GACGCGCCGCUCCGAGCCGGUGAUCGGCCAGCCCGCGCCGCCCGGGGCCCUGCGGCGCGGAGAUGAGCAGGUCGGCGGCGCUCCUGCUCUGCCUUCUGGGCUGCCACGUCUGGAAGGCGGUGACCAAGACGCUGCGGGAGCCUGGCGCCGGAGCCCAAGAGGUCACCCUGAAGGUCCACAUCAGUGAUGCCAGCACCCAUCAGCCCGUCCCUGAUGCGCUCAUUGAGAUUUUCACCAACCAGGUCUCCAUUGCCUCUGGUACCUCGGGGACAGAUGGCGUUGCCUUCAUCAAAUUCCAGUAUAAGCUGGGCAGUCAGUUGAUUGUCACGGCCACAAAGCAUGCCUACGUGCCAAACUCUGCCCCCUGGAAACCCAUCCGGUUACCUGUAUUUUCUUCACUAAGCCUGGGCCUGCUUCCAGAACGAUCUGCUACCCUGAUGGUGUAUGAAGACGUUGUCCAGAUAGUCUCAGGAUUCCAAGGUGCCCGGCCGCAGCCUCGAGUGCACUUCCAGAGAAGAGCCCUGCGGCUGCCGGAAAACACCAGCUACAGUGACCUGACCGCCUUUCUCACGGCCGCCGGCACCCCCUCCGAGGUGGACGGCUUUCCUUAUUUGCGAGGAUUAGAUGGAAACGGAACAGGAAACAGCACCAGGUACGACCUAACCCCUGUCACAGCCGUCAGCGUCCACUUGCUCAGCAGUGAUGGAACCCCGGUGCUGGUGGAUGGCCCCAUUUAUGUCACCGUGCCCCUGGCCACACAGAGCAGUCUGAGGCACAAUGCCUACGUUACGGCGUGGCGGUUUGACCAGAAACUGGGAACGUGGCUGAAGAGCGGUCUUGGCCUCGUGCACCAGGAAGGCAGUCAGCUGACGUGGACAUACAUCGCCCCUCAGCUGGGGUACUGGGUGGCUGCCAUGUCUCCUCCCAACCCAGGUCCAGUUGUCACACAGGACAUCACCACGUAUCAUACAGUCUUUCUUUUGGCCAUCUUGGGAGGAAUGGCUUUCAUUCUUUUGGUUUUGCUGUGUCUCCUUUUAUAUUAUUGCAGGCGGAAGUGCUUGAAACCCCGCCAGCACCAUAGAAAGCUGCAGCUUCCUGCCACCCUGGAGAGUUCCAAAAGGGAUCAGUCGACUUCCAUGUCACACAUCAACCUGCUGUUUGCUCGUCGGGAAUCAGAAUUCCCUGGUCCACUCUCUGUCACCAGCCAGGGUCGCCCGCCGGAUGCCCCGGGCUCAAAGGAGCUGAUGAGUGGAGUCCAUUUAGAGAUGAUGUCUUCCAACGGGGAGGUGGACAUGCACACACCCAUGCUGAAGCUCUCCUACAGCACCUCCCAGGAGUUCAGCUCCCGGGAGGAACUCCUGUCUCAUAAGGAAGAGGACAAAAGCCAAAUCUCCUUUGAUAACCUGACACCAAGUGGGACGUUGGGGAAAGACUACCAUAAGUCGGUAGAGAUCUUCCCCUUAAAGGCUAGGAAAUCUAUGGAAAGGGAAGGCUACGAGUCCCCUGGCAACAGUGACUAUAGGAGGAGUUACAACGCAAUGCUCUCUCAGCCUUUAUUCGAAAAGCAGGACAGAGAGAGUCAGGCCUCCGUAACCCACAUCUCCACAGGAAGUAAGCUCACCAUUCAGGAACACAUGUACCCCACGCCUUCAUCUCCGGAGAAAGACCAGCUGCUGGAGCGCAGACCUACUGAAUGUAUGAUGUCGCGAUCCGUGGACCACCUGGAAAGACCUACCUCUUUCCCGCGACCCGGCCAGCUGAUCUGCUGUAGUUCCGUGGACCAGGUCAACGACAGCGUUUACAGGAAAGUAUUACCCGCCUUGGUCAUACCGGCUCAUUACAUGAAACUCCCAGGGGACCAUUCGUACGUGGGCCAGCCCCUGGUCGUCCCAGCCGACCCGCAGCUGGAGAUCGAAAGGCUGCAGGCCGAGCUGUCCAGCCCGCACGCAGGGAUCUUCCCACACCCCUCCACGCAGAUCCAAGCGCAGCCCCUCUCUUGCCAGGCCAUCUCGCAGCAGCACCUGCAGGACACGGGCGCCCGGGAGUGGACCCCACAGAGCGCAUCCAUGUCGGAGUCGCUCUCCAUCCCAGCAUCUCUGAACGACGCGGCCUUGGCUCAGAUGAACAGCGAGGUCCAGCUUCUGACAGAAAAGGCGCUGCUGGAACUCGGGGGUGGGAAGCCCCUUCCCCACCCCCGGGCCUGGUUCGUCUCCCUGGAUGGCCGGUCCAACGCGCACGUCAGACAUUCCUACAUUGAUCUCCAAAGAGCAGGGAGGAACGGAAGCAAUGAUGCCAGUUUGGAUUCUGGCGUGGAUAUGAAUGAACCAAAAUCUGCCCGGAAGGGAAGAGGAGACCCCUCGACUCUGCCGCAGAACCACCCACCCGUCCAGGAACAUCCGCAGAAGGAGUCGAGGGCCGCGGACAGCUCGGCCUACACGCAGCUGGUGUACGUGGAGGACAUGGACCAGAGCGGCAGCGAGGCCGGCACCACGGCCGGGACGCCCGAGGACAGUGCUCUGCGGUGCCUGCUGGACGGCUCCAGCCGGAGGAGCGGCGGCCAGCUGCCCAGCCUGCAGGAGGAGACGACGAAGCGAACUUCGGACGUUGCCCCAGAGCCCGCGGCCAGUCCCGACCAGAGGCGAUCCGCUCCGCAGGAUGAGGAAGACGACGAGGACGACGACGACCAGGGCGAAGACAAGAAGAGCCCGUGGCAGAAACGGGAGGAGAGACCCUUGAUGGCAUUCAACAUCAAAUGAGCGGUCCAGAGCCACCCAACCCGGGACCAGAUCCAGUUGCCAAAAAUUCUUUCUUAAGGAAGCGCUUACCUGUUUAUGGAGGAAGUCGAACCAUGUCUGCCGUGGGCAGUGGACUUUUUUCUGCAGUUACCCUGUUCGCUGUCUUAAGUGUUCGAGAGGAAGUCAAGUUCUUACUCAGAAGAAAGGAUGAUGAUACAGGAUGCCUCGCCUCCAGGGAGAGGGCUGAACGUAGUGUCUGUCUGAAUGUCAGUGUCAUUCCCCAUACUUGAUGUGUCCACCCCUGGAGGACACUGAAAAACCACACGUGAUGUCCGGAUGUCACUAGGUUCUGAUGAUAACCUCAGUUCUCCUCCAGAUUCUGGGAACAGAAGGAACUCUUUUUGCAUUGCUUGAAUCCAUUUUAUCAUGAUAAUGCUCCUGUGAAAUUAUUAUUGAGAAAUUAGCUUGGCACUUAGUGUCUGGAGGUAUGCAUUAUCUCAAAGGAAAACUAUGCAUCGCUGCUUCGUGGUCUUACUUUGCUUAGCUUUGGUUAGAUUUCGUCCCUGAUUUGCUUUUUACAGAUACACACACACACACACACACACACACACACACACACACACAAUUGGGUCGUAAGGAUUUAAUUCCUUCCUUGUCACCUGUUCUGCUUCUCGGUGGUUUAUUUCGAUAUCACCUUUCAGGAACUUCUGAGUGUCACCUCUUAACAUCCAAGCCUUUUAAUGAAAUAGUACUGAAGUUUUUAAUCAGCUCCCAGUCCUUCAAUUCUGGUCCCAUUAACUCCAAGUGCCUUUUUUACAGUGACGACAGACAGUCCCUUACUUUGCUUUUUUUGUUUGUUUUUCUUAACUUCUUUGAUUGAACUGCCUGGAUUUUAUAAAGUUAUUAAACGAUCCCCUUUUCUUUCAACUGCAUGCUGCCAAGUGCCCAUUUGUGCUCAGAAGUCUCAUUUCAGCUCAGUGUAUGCUCUCGUCCUCACGUGUGACGUGGAUUCUGUUUAGCUAAGCUAGCCUAGAGGACACUUUAGUGAUUCCCCUCCCCCACGCCACCCCUCUGACCGCUAGGCACCAUUAUGGUUUUAUUGGCUGUUUGUAUAUACGGUUACGUAUUAAUUCUGAAAUCCUAUGGGCUGAUCUUGCUCACCAAACACGGAGUAUGGGCUGAGCAAGUAGACUGAAUGUGACUAUUAAACAAAUCUUAUGUACUAUCCAAAAGUGCCAGAAUGACUCUUCUGUGCAUUCUCCUUAAAGAGCUGCUUGAUUAUCCAAAAAUGAAAACUCAGAAUAAACUCUGAAGGAAAAAAAAAACCCUAUCUUGUGGUCCUUUUCAUUCAUUCUGAGCCAUUAUUGCUUAUAGAGUUGCUAUUAAGAAUUCUCUUCGUUCCUUGGCAGUCUGAAAGGCCAGUUUUUGGACUUACAUUCAAAGACUAACGUAUGGUGGGGAGAGAUAAAUUGGGAGAUUGGAAUCGACAUAUACACACUACUAAACAUAAAAUAGAAAACUGUAAGGACCUACUGUGUAGCACAGGGAGCUCUUCUCAAUACUCAGGGAAAAGAAUCUAAAAAAGUGGAGAUAUAUAUAUAUAUAUAUGUAUAUGUAUAUGUAUGUAUGUAUGUAUGUAUAACUGAUUCACUAUGCUGUAUACCUAAAACUAUCACAACAUUAUAAAUCAACUAUACACCAAUAAAAAUUAAACAAAAGAAACUAACACAUAAGACACCUAGGAAUUGACACAAUGGUGAAAUCCUAAAAGCCCACCUUGCUGUUCAGUUUCAUUCAAGAAAACAAGGGAACAUUUUAUUGUGUUUCCGUACUUUACAAGAAACUAGUGUGUUCUUUUUUUUUUUCCAGUAUUAAUCCAGCAUCAAAAAGAUGUCAUUCAAAUGACCAGAACCAUCCCAGAUGUGUGAAACUAUUAAUCAAAAUCAUUCAUGGAAUCGUCAAUAUAGAACAAAUCAGUGGAAAUAAGUAAAGCUAGCUAGCUUCGUUAUAAAAUCUUUAGUCAUCAAUUCCACAAGGCAGAAAACGAGUCAAGCUGAUUUUUAUGAUUUUAAUUCUCAAAUGUCGAUGUUUAGUAUUUUGCUUUUAAAAUGGUUGAGAGAUUCCCUGACAGUGUUUUGAAGUAUCUGAACAGAUGGGAGUCUGUGGUUUAACAAGUCAGGGAGUGUUUAGAAGUAAACAUUCUCACCAGUAGGUGGCAGGUGAACCCUGGCAGACACCAUUAAGACUCCAGGUAAGCACCAUUUGUCAAUUACCCUCCAAAGAAGUGGCCUCUGGAAGAAUCCUAGGGCAGACAUAGGUGAUGGGGGAAUGCCAAGAGGUCUCCACCCAUUUGCAGCUCAACCUGCAGUACUGCCACUGUCAAAAUCUCCUUAAAGCAUUAGUAACAAGAAGAACUUCAUUUACAAUGCAUGUUACCUGUGUAACACAUUACCUAUCAGUGCUAAUGAUGUGAGAUUCAGCAGGAAGAUUGGGGGAGGGGGGCUUCCCUGAUUCCUUCUCAUUAGGCAGGAUAAUAAAAAGUAUGGAGCAGCCAGCCAUAAGCAUGAGACACUGUUCCUUGAAAGACAAGGCCAUGUAUUUGCCAAAGGGAAAUUGAUUCUGCCAAAGAUGAAGCUCACUCAUCUUACACUGAUCCAAAAAGAGGCUCAGAGGCUAACUUUUUUGCUCAGGGAGCCAACUUGGGUCACCAGACUCAAAUUGUCUGGAAAGAGCACCCUAACUGUGUGGACUUAAACAGUGUAUUUAUCUUAUCACACAGUUCCGGGUCAGUUAUAUUGCGCAAAGAACUAAAGCUGUCAAAGGCACCUUGCUUCUGCCACCUAGUGGUGAGUUUUCACCUGCCUCUUAAGGAGACUAAACAAACAGCUCUCUUCUGGGAAGCUGUCUUCUGGGAAGACAGAUGAGUGUGCAUAGAAGAUGCCCUGGGCGCUGCUUCUGUCUCCCAGGUGAGAUGAGUGAGAUUGGGCUGACGUUUGUUGAGUCUCUACCUGGAAACAUUAUGUUGGAAACAAUCAUGCAUUAAAUUGUCAAAAUCUUGUGGGGUUUAUUCUUUAUUUUUCACCUAACUAAAUGGAGGCUUGAGGUUAAGUAAUUGAGGUCAUUCAGCUAGAAUCAGUGGUGUGUCUCAUGCAUGGCCUGCACUCUGGAAAUGAAUGCAUUUAAAUUAAAAAUGCAUUAUAAAUCAUAAUAAAAUGCAUAAUUGUAAAUUCCACUUGAUAACUGAUUCUCGCAGAAUGCUUUUGUUGAUUUCAGUCAGAGCCAGCCUAUUGCAAGUGACAAAAGCAUAAACAUUUGUUGAGAGUUUUUUACAUUAAUGAUUAAUGUAACUGAAACAAUGCAUCUGGGAACUUCACUCACUGAUCAGUCAUGGAGUGACUUCUUUGCUGAAUCAGAUAGUAAGACUGGGGAGGAAUUUAUGAAAGAAAUGAAUUUAUGUGUGCUAAACCAUGCCAGAAGAUAUAUAACAUUAUUUAAACACCAGAGACCCUGUGCUUUAGGGAAUUCUAUUUAGUAGAAACUAACACAGAUAAUGCUAAAACAGUGAGGCAGAGUGCCCAAGAAAAUGAAACCAGAACCAAAAAGGAAACAGAGCAUAAAAUCUAAAAAUAAUCAAGCCACAAAUACAAUAAACUCUAUAUAUGACUUCUCAUGUUCAUCCCCUUGAAUUUUACUUUUGCAGACCUCUGUAUUUGGAGGACAAGGAGAUAAAAAUGAAUAGUUACAGAUAGAAAUGUGUGGUGAUUUUUCAACUAUUUCAGAGUCCCACAAUUUCUUUUUCUUUUCUUUUUGGUCUUUAGAGUUUUUCUUAAUUGAGCUAUAAUUGACAUACAACAUUAUAUUAUAUAACAUACAACCUUAUAUAUACAGUAUUAUGAUUAUAUAUUAUUGUCAUUUUAUUAUCAUUGUAUUAUUUUCAGAUGUACAACAUAAUGAUUCUGUAUUUGUAUAUAUUGCAAAGUGAUCACCACAAAUAAGUCUAGUCAACAUCUGUCACCAUACAUAGGUAGAGAAUUUUUUUCUUGUGAUAACAACUUUCAAUAUCCACUCUCUUAGCAACUUUCAAAUAUGCAGUAUAGCAUUAUUAGUAUAGUCAUGAUACUGUACAUUAUAUCCCCAUGACUUUUUAAUUUUUUAAAUGGAAGUUUGCAACUUCUUUAGGUGAAGUGGAAAUUUCAACCCCCUUUCCCGCCCACCUGAAACUAUAUUUUCAAAGCCACGAUAUAAAUACACACCAAAAUCUCUGAUAAAAGUUUUUAUAAUUCUUUACAGAGAUUGUGACUUGUUUAGUGCUGGUGUUCUGGUACCCAAAAGUGGCUAAUAAUUCCUAUAAGACUGUUUCCCCUCAGUAGAAUGAACAGUCAUUAGAGCCCCCAAGAGUGUGGAACAUGAAAGAGCCUUGGUAAUCUCACACAGGAGAAAUUGGAGCCAAGAGUGUUGAAGUGACCUCCCCACACAGGCAGUGCAGGACCACACGGGGUGACUUAGUUUGUUCAGGCUGCUUUACAAAAUACCAUGGGCUGGAUGCCUUAUAAACAAUAAACGUUUAUUUCUCACGGUUCCAGAGACCACGAGUCCAAGAUCAGGGCACCCAGCAUGAUGGGGUGAGGGCCCUUCUGAUUCACAAUGGACAUCUUCUUGUCUCAUCCUCACAGUGUGGACAAGGGUAGAGAGAGCUCUGUGGGGCCUCUUCCAUAAGGGCACAUAUCCCACUCAUGAGGGCUCCACCCUCAUGACCUAAUCACCCUGAAGGUCCCACCUCCUAAUGCCAUCAUCACCUUGGGCUCUAAGAUUCCAUCAUAUGAAUUUGGGGAGGACACAGACACUCAGGUCAUAGCACGAGACAGACCCCUGUCUCCUGACACCUAGCCCUGUAUGUGUUCACCUCCUCAGAUGGCUUCUCCAUCUGCUGCUCUUUCUGGCAGCUCAUCUGCACCCUCUGCCAUCUGUUUACAUGCCAUGUGCAAACAUAACCAGAGUAUGCAGCCUUGUAAGCCAUACUGAUGAAUAAAAUUCCAGGGUCACGGAAAGAACCCUGGCUUUGGACACAGAACACCUAGCUCCAGGAAUCAGACAAGUGACCAACUUGUUGUCUACAAAGGUUGUAGAAGGGUACCUGCACUGCUUAUCUCUCAGGAGGAGGAAAAGAGGAAGUUGAGUUCAAAAGAGAUAAUAUUUGUACACCCAUGGCUGAUUCAUGUCAAUGUAUGGCAAAAACCACUACAAUAUUGUAAAGUAAUUAGCCUCCAAUUAAAAUAAAUUAAUUUAAAAAAUAAAGUUCCUUAUAAAAUGCAAGCUCUGGUGAAAGUAUAAAUUGCUCUUCCUAAUUAUCCUUUUAAUCUUGUAGUUCUCUAAUCCUGCUGCUAUACUGUGUGUGACAGUGAUCUUUGUUGUUGUUAUACCAGCAGCUUCUCAGCUAGUUUUUAGGAAAAUGAUAACAAAACAACAGGACCUUUCCCCAUGCUUACUGCUUCCCACAUGCUUCAGCUGAGUGAGCCCUCUCUUUAUGAGUAAGAUGAUUUGCCAAAUAUUUGACAUAAACCAGGAAGCUCAAUGAAAAUGCAGCCUCCUUACAUGAUGGUCUCGAAACGUGUAAGGACAUGCCUACAAAGCAAUAACUUUGGGGUAGGUGCCCAAUUACCAUAACUUACUUGCUAGUGGCCACAAAGGUAAAUCCCUUGGCAAAACACAGUAGCAGGCUCUUAAUUCCUUAAUUUAGUUGCUCAUGUGCUUGUAACCUGAGAACAGUGGUGCUCAAACCCAGAAGCACAGAAGCAUCACCUGGGGGCUGGAAAACAUGCUCAAGCAUCUGGAUCCCACCACAGACCAAUCAGAAUCAAAAUUUCUGCAGGGGAAACCUGGCACUGAUACUAAAAACAAGACAAAACCAAAACAACAACAACAAAAGACUGCCCCCAGCCGAUUCUGAUAUAUUAAUAAUUAGGCUUGUAAAUCACUACCUUAGGAAUUCUGAAGAUACGUCACAGUUUGGUAGCACCUUCUGUUGGGCAGCUCUGAGAAUGCUGGAUUUCCCCUUUGUUUCUAGGGUAGGUUAGCAGUCCUGCUCUAGGUUUGCAGUUGGGAAGGGCAAAUACAGUCAAUAAAGCCCCCCAGGCUGAGCAGCAUGUGCCUUAGACAUGUGACCAGUGCUCUGACUCGGCUUCAUUCACAUGGUCAGAAAUCUAGAUGCUGACAACCCUAGGCUCUGUCCUGUCCUAUUCACAUUACUGCAUAUUCCCCUUCUAUUCCAUUCCCCUUCUUGUGAUGCCUAUGGCUAUUUCAGAGCACUGCUUGUGAAGGAUUCCCAUGGCUGUGUCUGCAGCCCAAUCUGCUGUUGGAAUUCAGACUUAGUUUCCAACUGCUGCCCAUGCAUCUCCAUCCAGCUGACCCGCAAACACCUAAACCAACUUGUCCCAAACUGUAAGCAUCAUACAUCAUCCCAUGAACCUCCCUGUCUGCCCCCUACCCAAAAAAAGAGAAAGCCCAAUUCUGGUACUUUCAUUCUUCAUCUGCUACCCCAGUGUAAAGCCUCACUGUAUACAAUUUCCCCAGUCAGAAACCUCAGGGUCACCCUCCAUACCUCUUUCAACCUCACCACUCGGGUUCAAGAAUCACAUCCUAUCAAUUUCACCUGCUGUCAGGAAACAAUGUGAAUCUUUCAUGUUUCUGGCUGGUCAGGGCUUUCUGAGCAAAAUUUACUGGCAUCCUGGGUCUAAGGCUAAGUGAAUAUAACCAUUCCUUGGGGGACAGAGUGAAUUACUCCAGAGAGAUUUACAGAUUUAUCUCCCCUGGAGCUAUUCUUUCAUUGAUCUUCAUUUACAUUCAUUAUAACAGAAAGGGACCUUUCCUUCUCUUCCCCAAAGGGAUUGUUUUAAAAGCUCCAAAAUUCUUAGUUCAGGGGUUCCUCUCCCACAGACCUCCUUUCAUAUGUAUGACGUGGUAUCUGUAUUCAUCACAUUCCCUCACCCCCACAGGAUAAAAUGAAGCACAGGAUAAAGAUAGGUCUGCCACUGAUCCAGAAACCUCAUUUUUGCUGUCAGGAUAAAGUAAAUACUUACAUGAAGACUUAUCAUAUGCUAAAUAUCUCCCAGACUGUCUCUCUUCUCCCCAUUUCUAAGCAACACUGAUGUCACAGCCCCCCUCACUGUCCCCCACCCCAGUCUCCCCAUUCAUGCCCACACUGCUGCAAGUGUGAUGUACAAUCCAAUCAUGUCAUUUGUUCGUGUGGUUGCAGAUAAUAGACACCAAACUCAAACUAGCAUCAGUUAAAUGAGAGACUUCAUCAUUAAAGGGAGAUUUGAGAGGCGGGCAAAAUAAGGUGUGAUUUAUAAAAAGGUCUUCAUCCUUGUUCCUGGCACAGAACUCCU